AAAGUAACCUCUUUUCGGUUUACGGGAGUUUUUUUUUUUUUUAGUUUUUGUUGUGCAUUAUCUGUAAGAAUUAUUCUUAAAUUUAAGUAAUUCUUUUUAACGAUAAAAAAAGAUUAAUUAAAAUUCAACAACCCUUUUGUCAAUAUCUUUUAAAAUAGUUUAUAAAUAUUGAUUGAUGAAAAUAAGUGUAAUGAAAGCUACCAAACGCAACGAAUUUAGAGCUUUGGAGUUAAAACUCACGGAAAAUUCGUCAUCGCCACACACAAUAUAUCUUAAAGAGCAUGCCGUCAGAGAACAUACAGCGGAUAGACCGUCAGGUCGAACCCUACUUGUUGUUAACCUGCCCCCUUAUGUGGACGAAAAGGGAAUAAUUAACGCGUUCCGUGAAGCUGGUACCAUUAAAUCUGUGGAGUUUUGUUCCAAGCCCACGACAGCAGAAAAAAAACCUCGAAAAUACAAAUUUAUUGAGGAAAACACUCUUGAAACAUAUAAAGUUGCUUAUGUUGUUUUCCAAAAAGUGUCACAGUUAGAAAAAGCUUUAAAUCUAUCAGAGUUAAGUCCUUUACAUUCAGAGGACCACCAAAUAAAACUUGGUAUGAAGAAAUGGAUUCAGGAAUAUAAUGAUUCGGUUCAAAUACCGAAAGUUUUGAAAGAAUGUAUUGAAACAUUUAUGAAAAAAUAUGAUGAGGAAAAUGCCAAAGCAGAAAAGAAAGAAAAAGCAUUAGGAGAAGAAGAUGACGAUGGAUGGGUCACUGUCACGAAAAAAGGAAGAAUUCAAAGUUUUGCCCGUUCUGAAAAUGUUGAGAACAAAAUUAUGGCUAAAGAAGAGAAAAACAAAAAAAGAAAAGAAUUACAGAAUUUUUACACUUUCCAAAUCAGAGAAUCAAAGAUGAAGCAUAUUGUAGCAUUGCGCCAAAAGUUUGAAGAAGAUAAAAAGAAAAUAGCACAAAUAAAGCAGAGUAGAAGAUUUAAACCUUUUUAG